AUGACCACUAUUCUAUUUGUUCCUGGUGCCUGGAUCACUCCGGCCUUCUACCAGCCAUUCAUCCAUGCCCUCUCUCACGCUAGCUAUGACGUUCAAUACGCGGGUUACCCCUCGCUAGACCCCGAGGAACCACUCACUGCCACCUGCCAGGUUGACAGCGAUGCUGUUACUGACAUCCUCCAGUCCCUCGUAGAGGACGAAGGCAGAGAUGUUGUGGUGUUUAUGCACUCCUACGGCGGUAUGCCCGGCUCUGCGGCGGCUAGCGGGCUUUCCAAAGUGCAGCGGGCGCAAGAGGGCAAAACAGGUGGCGUUAUUGGAUUAUUGUAUCUGGGCGCCUUCGUUGUGCCCGAAGGCCACAGUUGUGCCGGUCUUCAGGGCGGAGCUCUGCCCCCCUGGAUCUUACUCGAUCAGCCCGAACCAAAUGUCAAUAUUGUAGAUGACCCGGUUAAAAACUUUGCUGCGGAUGUCAAUCACGGCUUGGUCAAGAAACUGACCAAAUCAGUCAAGCCGCAUUCGAAUAUUGCUUUCACCUCGACCCAGCCCCACCCAGCCUGGGCAGACCAGGAGUUCGAAGGGCGCUUGGGCUUUAUUGUCACCACUGAGGAUGCCGCCGUGCCGAAAGAGGCGCAAACCGGAAUGAUGGCCGCCACGCAGAAGGCAUGGAUUGUCAAGGAAAUAGCGUCUAGUCACUGUGCCCCAUUCAUUAAUCGUAUCAACGAGACAGUGGGACUGAUCCGUGAGAUUAUUGAUCAAUUUCUUUGA